AGUUUCCUUAACAAUUAUGAAAGUUUAUAAAUUAAUUAUUGUUAAUAUAUUUGUUAAAAUUAAAAUAUAUAUUCAAUUUGAAUAUAAUCUAAAUACAAAUCAAUAUUAUUUUCUAUUUAAUUUUAAAAUAAUUAUAUUAUUAAAUCAAAUAUUAAUAUUGUUUUAAAAAAAUAUUAUUAAAUAUAUAUAUGUGUAAUUUUUUAUUAUUAUAAUUUAUUAUUAAUUUUUAGAAAGAAUUUUGAGAUUUCUGUAUAUUUUUCAAUUGUUAAAAUUUGAAUCUUAAAGAGCAUAUUGAAAAUAUAUAAUAUUAAAAUAUUAAAUAAUGAUAUUUAAUAAUAGAAGAAUUCCUAAUUAAAUAAUAAUCUAUAUAUUAAUUAUUGAAUUAGUUUUUCAUUCUUUAUGUAUGAAAAAACUUAUUUUUAUCAAACAAUAUUCGAUUAAAAUUAUUCUCUGGAGAUGGCAGUACAAUCACAAUUUAAACUAGUGUCGAGUAGAAAAAAUUUGUGAUGUGAAAAUUAAAUUUAUUUCAUUUUCUACAUUUCUUUAAUAAAUAUUAUUCAUUUUAUUUUUUCAAAUAAUAAUAUUAAUUAUCAUUAUUGUAAUUUUCAUUUAUAUUGUUUUUUCUUAAAAUAAUAUAUAAAAAAUCUAUAUUUUGAAGUGAUUCAAGAGAUAAUAAAUCUAACCUUUUUUUUCUAUUGAAUAAAAGAAAUUUAAUUUUAUUUUAAUUUAUUCUUUCUAACAUUUUAAGUGAUAUAAUAAAGUAUACAUAAAUUACAUAAUGGAAACAGUGAAAUUAAGUUCAUCUGAAGAUGAUGAUGAUAUAUAUUUAAAUUCUGUUGCAAAAUUGAAAGCCUUGAAGAAAAAGCAGACAUUACUACAAUAUAAGGAUCAAGAAAAGGAGGAAGAAAAACAAGCAAAUAAUGAAGAGUUGAAAUCUGAAAUUUUUAACGAUACUGUUUUAAAACAACGAACAAAUCAAAAGAUAAAAAAUAAAAAAUAUACUUCUAAGCAUCGAUCAGCAAAACAAAAACAAAAAAAAAAUAUAUCUGAAACAGAUUCAGAUUUAGAAAUUGUUUCUAUAGAAGAGAAAAAUUUAUCAGAAAAUGAUUUAUAUAUAGUUGAAGAUAAUAUAACUCAAUAUCCAAAUCCAAAUGAAAAUGAGAAUUAUGAAAUAAAUAUUAAAAUUCUUUGGCGAUCAAAAAAUAUAUAUCGUUUAAAUAUUUGUCAAAAUGAAAAUUUUGGACAAAUUUUUAAAUAUUUUGCUAAUUUAGAACAAGUAUCAAUUGAUGAAAUUUUAAUAACAAAAAAAGAUAAAAUUAUUAAAAGGAAUGAUACUCCAGUUUCCAUAAAUUUAUCUAUAAUAGAUAUACUUGAAGGAGGUAUUAUUAAAAAAGACAAUAGUAUGAUUUUAAACAAUGUGAUGGAAAAAAAUGAUAAUAAUAUCUGUAUGAUAAAGAUACAAACAACAAACAAGAAAAAUUUAACCAUUUUUGUUAAACGAGAUGAAAAUUUCAAAACUUUAUUAGAGAAAUGUGCUCAAGAGUUCAAUAUUGAAAAAUCAAAAAUUAAAUUGUAUUUUGACGGAGAAUUAAUCGCUGUAAUGGAUACACCAGAUUCUUUAGAAAUAGAAGAUGAAGCAUGUUUUGACCUUCAAUUUUCUUCCUAAUUAACAUAUAUAAUUAAUGUUAUAUUUAUUUAAAAAAAUUGUAUUUGAUGAACUUAUUUACACAUAUAAAUAACAUAAUUAAUUAAUAUAUACAUAUAUAGUUCUAUACAUUACUUUAAUAAAUUACUUUAAAAGAAAAUAUUAAAAGAAA